AUGGCGGACCCGACGUGGUACACGACGAAGGAGAACUUCCAGCCCCUGAGACGGGGCCGGGACCCAAGGAUGAUGGAAGAGGCGGCGAAUAUGAAACAGAGCGAGCGCGCGGCGAAGAUUCAGGACGAGCGAAGCGAGUUCUGGAACGCGAUCGCGAAGUACGAGGGCGACGAUCCUCUGUCCGUGUGGGUCAGGUUCAUCAAGUGGACGGAGCAGACGUUCACCGCGGGAGGACGCGAGACGGAGGUGCUGCCACUCCUGGAGCGAUGCACGCGAGAGCUCCAGGAGAUCCCGAGGUACAAAGAUGACGUCCGCUAUUUGCGCGUUUGGGUCAAGUACGCGGACUGCUGCAAAGAGCCGCACGACAUCUUCAAGUUUCUCCAGGCGAACGACAUCGGACAGAAACACACGCUGUUUUACGAAGCGUACGCCGCGUUCCUCGAGAUCAGAGGCGCUUUCAAGCAAGCGAACGAGGUGUACGACCGCGGCGUGCUCAUGCGCGCGGAGCCGAGAGACAGGCUGAAACAAAAGCUCGCGCAGUUUGGCGACCGCAUGAAAAAACGCGAACUCAGACACUUGGACGAGAGCGUCGACGGCGAGCGAGAGACGCCAGUGGGGUCGUCCCGGCGGUUCGGCGCGGGGGGCACCGGCCGCGGCGUUGGAAGCUCCUCGGGCGCGAAGAGGAACCGCGGGUUCAGGGGCAUCGCCGCCGCGGCGUCGUCGUCCAGCGCGGAGACGACGAACGAUAACAACGCCGGCGACGGCGGCUUGGAGAUUUAUUGCGACGACGAGAACGGCGCGCCGCCGCCGGUGAACGCCGCGAACGCGCCCGCAGCGUGGAGAAACCUGGGAACGAUCAAGGAGACGAAGAAGGAAAACUCCCAGAGCACGACGACGUGGGCGGGGCAGACGCUGAAGCAGAAGCGCGCGCGCCCGGGACAGUCGGGCGCCCCGCCGCCCGCGGAGACGCUCGAGAUUUACGAAGACGAAGACCUCGCGGAGGCGGAAGCCGAGGCCGCGGCGAACGCGGUCGCGACCGCGAAGGCGAACGUGAAGGCCGCGGCGAAAAACAGGAACGCGAACGCGCUUCGUCGAAGGCUCGACAUCGCCGACGGCGGCGGAGACACGCUCGCGGAGAACCCGAUGCUGUACCACGGACGAGGCGCCGCCGUCGCGGGCGAAGCCGCCGCGCUUCGGCGCCCGGUGACGUCGUACGGUCGGUACGUCCCCGCGGACGUGAACAGAGACGACGCGUGCUACGAGGAGCGCAGAGCCGUGCGAUGGGUCGCGAAGAACGGUCCCGUCCCGUCUCCGCGCGACGCGACCGCGGCGGCGGCGGCGGCGGAGACGGACGACAUGGACGUGGAGACGAAAUCGAACGAGAGGAAAGUGACGCGGCCGAUGCACAUCGGCGGCGCGUUCGCGACGACGACCGCGACGACCGCGCCGGUGUUGCCACCGCUCAUGGAGGAAGAGGAAGCGAUGAACUCCCCGGACGGACAGUCCGCGCCCCCGGUGGUGCCGCCGCCGCGGUUCGAGAUGGGAUCCAGCGAGGCGCCGCCAUCCACGGGCGCGUCCCAGGCGCCGCCGCGGAUGCUGCACCCCACGGACGAGGCCACCGGCGUGCCCGCGAUGGCGGCACCGCCGGUCACCGACCCCGCGCUUACGCGACCGGAUCAACCGCCCGUUCCCGCGGGUUUGCGCUGGACCGCGACCGAGGGAGGAACGUACGGCGUGCAAGACCCGACGAUGACGAUUUGCACGAAGGAAGCGUGGGGAGACAUCAUGUCCAUGUUCAGCGGCGGGUUAGCCGCGGAGACUGAGGCGGAGGCGAAGCGCGCGAAAAAAGCCGCGGAGGCACCGGCUCCAGUCGCGAAAGCGCCGAGCCCCGCGCCGGUCGUCCGCGCGCCCCCGCCCGCGGUCGCGGAUGAGGACGCGUUCGCGAUUUACGAGGACACGUGCUUGAUCCCCGCGAACGCAGCCGCCGCGGUCGCGGAGAAGGCCGCGACGGAGAACGCGAGCGCGUUCGAGGGGCUCGACAUUCGAGAGGACACCGUGGUCAUCCCUCAAAACGCGUUCGCGCCCGCGGCGACGCCGGCGGCUGCGGCGUCCACGAGGAUUCCGCUCGCGCCGACCCCGGCGUCUACGAGGAUUCCGCUCGCGCCGACGCCGGCGUCCGUGCGACCGCCGCUCGCGCCGCGCGCCGCGAUGCCUCCCCCCGAGUCCGUCGCGAAGACGCCCAGCGCUCGAGCGGCGGCCCCGUGCGACGAGAACGCGACGCCGACGCAGAAGAUCACGCUCGAGCCGCACCCGCUGAACGUGACCGCGGGCGAGGACAGCCCAACCGUGGACGUGCCGUCGGGCCCGCGCGCGCCGGCGAAUACCCCCGAUCAAGCCGGGCUAAGCUUCGACGUGUACCAGGAUACGGUGCUCGUGGACCCCGCCGCGGUGAACGCCGCGGUGAACGCCGCGGGCGUGGACUCGCGCGCGAGCGUCGCGCCGUCGCAGGCUACGACGAGCGCGACGGACUCGGGCGAGCCGUCGGAGGGAAACACGGAAAAUACCGCGCCCGCGGGGGCGCCUCUGGUGGACCUGUUCAAGCCGAGGCACAUCGCGGACGCCGCGGCCGCGACCGCGGCGUUGCAGCCGCUUUCGAAGCAGCGCGCGGCCGCGCUGGACAUGCUCACGACAAUUCCGUCAGACGAGAACGCGAGACGAGCCGCGGAGGAGACGCUGAGGACGGCGCAGCCGCCGCCGGAGCUCGCCGGGGAGGACGCUUUCGAGGUGUACGCCGACGGCGACGAAACCGCGCAGAUACCCAUGAACAGGUUGGUCACGACCCUGCACGACACGCCCGACUUUCGGUAG